AUGCAGAGGCGCCAAUCCAGUUAUGCAACCGUGGUGUUUUUCUCUCUGAUUAUCCUGCUUGGCCUUGUUUCCUUCACCCUCUGUUUUGCUGCUGAAUUCAGAAGAUCAAAGAAAAGUGAUCUCAGAUUAAACGGGAAGCUUUGUUAUUUGCCAGGAAGCCGAGGAUUUGGAUUGGGAAUCGCUGCCUUAAUCUUGCUGGUUAGUGCUCAGAUCAUCGGGACCCUUUUCAUUUGCAACAAGUUUUGGUCAAGAAACCAUGACGACAGGAGAAUCUGCAAGACCAAAUCAUCCAACAUCAUCAUCAUUGCUCUUCUUCUUUCCUGGAUCAGUUUUGGAUUUGCUGCAAUUUUGAUAGGUGCAGCCACAAGCAUGAGCCAAAGUCAACAGUUUGGAAAAGGAUGGUUAGAUGGGAAUUGCUACAUUGUGAAAGAUGGAGUUUAUAUUGGUGCUGCAGUUUUGAUGCUCAUCACUUUAGCCUUAACAAUUUCUUCUGCUAUCAUGACUUACUUAAGUAAGAUACAAUGUGAUCAACAGGGCAUCAAACAACCCGAAUCAACUCAGGGAAACGCCGUUUCGUGUCCCUGA